AGCACAGUGUGCUUUCAAGCAGUCACGUCAGUGAGCGGCGUCGACAGCCCACGGUUGCCAGUCCGGUCCAGAAGGUAUUCCAGUCCAGUCUAGUCCAGCGGUCAUGGUCCUUGAGAUGGAUGUCCAAGGUGAAGUACGGUGAAGUUUGCAGAAAUGGCACGAACGAACAGAACGCCAAGCUUAAUAUUCGAAGCGCAGUGAUUCACUUGGAAACGGCUUCGGUCUCACGUGCACGCAUGACAACGUGCGUGUUGGCGUUGGGAUUGUUCGAGAGGUUACUGUCGAGACGGUGGAGGAAGGAACGCACCGGACGCACCUUCUGCUUUCGUCGAGCGACCAGUGUUCGAAGCUCGCUAACCUGACUUCACAUGCGGUCUGU